AUGACCCAACAAUACCAACGAUUCCGAAAAGCUGACAUCAUUGAAGAAGUCGGUGUCAGGAUUGCUUCCAUCUCGGCAAGCAAUGGCGACUCGUCAUACUAUGUGUGUUUGCAAGACAUUCAGGAUGUGUUUCCAGAUGCACAGCGAUUCAAGUUGGAUGGACAUCCCAUCCUGUUCCUUCAAGACUCUAAUGGUAACAGAAUCGAACCCCCACGCAUUGCGUUCUAUCCUGACAAAAUCCUGGACGUCAUUACAGCAGAACCACAGGCCUGCAACUGUAAUAGCAGCAGUAAUAGUAGCACCAGCGCCAGCAGCAACAGCAUGGCCGUCAUCAGUUUGUCCGCGUUGGGAGUACCAACCAAUCUAGCCUCCCAGGAUAUUUUACCCAUUAUCAAACUUGAAAAGAGCAACAUGGUGAUUGACCUGUUACUGGAAGCCAGAAAGAAGGAUGAUGAAAUGCUUAAGCUGCAACGGGAGGCUACGGAAAAGGACAACGAAAUAAUUAAAUUACAACGGGAGGCUGAGGAGAAGAAUGAUAAAAUGCUUAAACUACAGCAAGAGGCUGUGGAGAAGAGCAACGAGAUGCUUAAACUGCUCCUUCCUGUCGACACCACCAAAUGGGACCCAAGGAAUAUUCUGAGGAGUAAGGUUCGCCUUCGUUUCCUUUGUGAAUGUGGAGAGCACACUGCAACGAUAAGCAAAAGCAAUCAGAACCAGAUCCAUAUUGCCAAACAUGAAGGAUAUGACAUCCGAAACAGCACAGAGUUCUUUCGCAAGUAUGGAAAGUACAUGCUCAUCCUUUUACAUUCUCUCAAGAUGGGGAUGCCCUUGACAACUUCUCUGACACCAACUCCAAAUCUCGAUGCCGGUAUCGACUAUGCGAUCAAAUAUAUGGAGGCGCUCUCUAAUGAGUACCCAGUCUUGAGCAAGAUCAACAAAAUCGAUGAGUGUGAGGCACUUGAAGGAGCCGAUCUUCGGCAAUUGGGGAAGUUCCUUGAAAACAACGACGAAGGCAAUCAACUUGGCAACUUGUACAGGAUCACGACAGAGACAGGCCAUGUCAAAUGGGUCUGUUUUGAUCACUAUCGUUGGACAUAUGGAGAAGCAGAACGGAGAGUGUUCAAAAAGGUAGUGGAGUUGAAUGGCGGCGAAUAUAACUUGCACCUUGGCAAAGUGAUCAUCACAUUGAAAUCCAAAACCACAGCUGAAGAAUUCUUCAAUGCGCUGGCCAAUGCAAGACGUGUUUACGAGUUGGAUAUCAUCUUUGACUGGAAUUGGACCAAAGCUGAUCUUGAAGGAUUUGAAGAAGCACUAAAGAAGUCAAGUGUAUCGGCCCUUCGACUUGAACUCGGAGAGUUUCAAGAAAGGACUACCGAGAAAUUACUUUCGACAACCCCGCGAUAUGGAAUGCUUGUUCACAUCACAGAACUUAGCAGCAUGAAGACGAUCCAUAUUGUUUUACCUCCGAACACUAUAAAGGCCCCCAGUUUACAGCUCAGCAGGUCACCACACCUUCAAAAGCUAACUAUUGAGAUGAAGCCUCGAUUUAUUACCACUAGUGGCUUACAAUCACUCGCAAAUAUACUCAAGGCCGAUACGGCUAUAACCAUGUUGAACUUGAGGGAUAAUUCAGUUAUGGCUGGAGGAGCUCUGGCACUGUCAGAGGCACUCAAGGCUAACAGAUGUUUGACUACUUUGAACUUGAGGAACAACUUAAUUGGAGAUGAAGGAGUCAUGGCACUAUCAGAAGGACUCAAGGCUAACAGGACUUUGAUCACACUAGAUUUGAUGGGCAACUCCAUUAGGAAGGAAGGAGCUCUUGCACUGUUAGAAGUACUCAAGACCAAUACAACUUUGGUCACUUUGGACUUGGAUUACGACUCGCUUGGAAAGGAAGGAAUUCUGUUGCUGUCGAAGACGAACACAACCUUGACUUCUUUGAGCUUCAGUAGUAAAGAAAUUGGGGAUGAAGGAGCCCUUGUACUGUCAGAGGCACUCAAGGCUAACACAGCCUUAACUACUUUGAACUUGCAGCCCAACUUAAUUGGGAACGAAGGAGCCCUUGCAUUGUCAGAGGCACUCAAGGCUAACACAGCCCUGACUACUCUGAACUUGGAUGGGAACUCAAUUGGGGACGAAGGAGCCCUUGCACUGUCAGAGGCACUCAAGGCUAACACAACCUUGACUUGUUUGAACUUGGGGUUCAACUCAAUUGGGGAUGAAGGAGCCCUUGCACUGUCAGAGGCACUCAAGGCUAACACAACCCUGACUACUUUGGACUUGGAUGGCAACUUUUUUGAGAGCGAAGGAGCCCUUGCGCUGUCAGAGGCGCUCAAGGUUAACACAACCUUGACUUGUUUGGACUUGCCGUACAAAUCAAUCAGGCGCGCAGGAGCCCUUGCGCUGUCAGAGGCACGCAAGACCAACGCGACUUUGGCCAUUCAUGUGUGAGAGUACCUUAACCGACACCCAAAUAUUCCCAGUGGUGUAACACGCUCGAUGUUGGCUGAUAAACAUGGGUCAUUGCUAGAUUUAUUUGAUUGGUUUGGUCAUCAAUAUAGUCGAUAGUUAAGAAUGUUAGUUUGAUCCAAAUAAGCUGACUG